AGGCACGUGGGCCCUGCGGGACUCGGCGGCCACAGCUGCUGGACACCUCUGUGCAGCGGGCAGAGGGGCGUUCCAGGCGGGUCCUGACCGCCGUGUCCUAAGGGCCUGUGUGAGAGGAGGACAUUGGAGAAAAAAAGAAGGGAGCUCAAGGACGUGUGCUUGUAGGGAGCUUCUUAUGCAUUCAUGUUCACUUUGUCCAUCGAUCCUCACAAUAACUCUGCGAUAUAGUCAAGACUUAAUCCUCUUGAGCAUCAAACGAAAUUGUUCAGGGUUACCGAGAAUACCUUCACCCCAAGCAGGGGAAAGAACUGACUCCAGGAUCUGCUCAGCAAAUUCAAGCCACGUGGCAGAGACGGAAGGGCCUGGCAUCAGGUUACCAGGCAGCUGGCUCCACAGCAGGUAUAAAGCCUCACAUCAGCUGUCCUAGGACACCGGUGCUGAACUCCGCCGCGGGCGCUUUGAAUUUCUCUGAGGCUACGUGCCUCUCCCAGGCAGAACCGUGCAAGAACCAUCUGACUCUGAACCCCAGAUCAUCUCCAGGAGAGGGUCACGCAGAUAGGUACCUGCCGCCAGAUGUGGUGUCUGGAGAGGCUACUGCGUGGCAGGGAGGGGCUUCUACUGAGUCGCGCCCGCCGUGCCCGGGCCCGCUCGCCCACGGCGUGCGCAAACGUGCUCACUCCCGACCGUAUUCCCGAGUUCUGCAUCCCACCGCGACUUGCGCCCAAUCUGACCUCGUCUACGUUCCGGAAUUCUUGGGGUGAAGAUACAGAGACUAACGAGGGCGCGGGCCUCACCGAUUGGGACCCGCGCUCACAGGCGGCGCUCUCGCUGCCUCACCUGCCCCGCACGCUCACCGCCUACGGCUUCUGCACGCUGCUUGAGAGCCCGCACACGCGCCGCAAGGAGUCGCUCUUUCUCGGGGAUCCGGGUGCCGCCGUGUUCCUGCAGCAGCCCGAAGCCCAGCCAGUGCCUGGACCCCGGGCGCACACCUACGGCAACAACGGAAAAAGAGACGUUCCCGACUUGCCCCUGCGAACCCCAGACGCGACUCCUGCCGCGGCACCCCUCUGUCCCUGUCCGCCCCGGGACGCUAUCUGUCCAAGGCCCUGCGACCGAUGGCUCUUGCGCGCACCCAACAUGCGGCUGAGCCGCGCGCUGCGGGCUCGAAGGAGUCACCGCUUGUCUCGCGCCGGCUCAGUCCCCAGCCAGGACGAUGACGAUAAGCGUGGCGCCGCCUCCCUGCCCACAGCCCCAGCCCCUGGCCCAAGGCCCAAGCUCCUAGAGGCCGAGGGCACCGUGGCUCUGGGCCACGCCGGCUGCGUCCUGCGCCUGGUCGCCGAGUACUGUCCAGGUAGCGGGCGCCUCCGAAUCCGGCUGCUGCGCCCCGAGGGCCUCGCAGGAGGUACCUCUGAGCCCCGCGCCGUUGGUUGUCGCAUCAGCCUGGUCCUGCAGCCGCUGGGUGCCACGCGCAAGCAGCGUAGCUCAGUGCUGCGGCGGAGCCGCAAGUUCUCCUUGGAUCAGGACUUCUACUUUGACGGGCUCACGGAAGACCAAGUGCGCCACCUGACUGUGCGCGUCAAGGUGGAGAACAAGGGCCGCGGCCUGGAGCGGGGUCGCUUGCUGGGCCAGGGCGAGCUGCUGCUGGGCUCCCUCCUGCUGUUGUGAGGACUAUGUAUC